AUGCAGGAGAUCUCACAUAGGUGUCAACCUCCGAAAUCACCAAUGCAGAAGCUCUCACAUAGGCGACAACCUCCGAAAUCACCAAUGAAGGAGAUCUCACAUAGGUGUCAACCUCCGAAAUCUCCAAUGCAGGAGAUCUCACAUAGGUGUCAACCUCCGAAAUCGCCAAUGCAGAAGAUCUCACAUAGGCGACAACCUCCGAAAUCACCAAUGCAGGAGAUCCCACAUAGGUGUCAACCGCCGAAAUCACCAAUGCAGAAGAUCUCACAUAGGCGACAACAUCCGAAAUCACCAAUGCAGGAGAUCUCACUUAGGUGUCAACCUCCGAAAUCGCCAAUGCAGGAGAUCUCACAUAGGUGUCAACCUCCGAAAUCACCAAUGCAGAAGAUCUCACAUAGGCGACAACCUCCGAAAUCACCAAUGCAGGAGAUCUCACAUAGGUGUCAACCUCCGAAAUCACCAAUGCAGAAGAUCUCACAUAGGUGUCAACCUCCGAAAUCCCCAAUGCAGGAUAUCUCACAUAGGUGUCAACCUCCGAAAUCACCAAUGCAGGAGAUCUCACAUGAAACAAAAAUCGCAGCAUUUCUUUCCGCGAAGGGAAGCUUCACUUAUCAUGGUCACAAUAUAACUAAUACUGGUCACUACACUAUUCAUAUUACCGUAUACAGCCAUCGUCUCAUAACACUUAUCAUGGUCACAAUAUAA